GUUAGACUUUUCCAGCAACUGACUGUAAUUUUAUUAAUCAUUGUAAUUAAUUUUAAAUUUUAGCUCGAUUAAUAGACUUGCUGUGCAUAUAAGCUAUUUCCAGUUACUGACAGUAUCUGGUACUCCACUGUACUUGUUUUCAUUAUUGUUCUGGUUGUUUUGAUUAAAAGAUUUAUUGAUUUCAAUGGCUUUCCGCUCAUUGUCUGGUCUCAAAGCGUUGAAAGGCAUCAACUCAGUGCAAAAUGGAUUAGCUCGGUUAUCAACAACUGCUAAUGCAGCACCACAGCCUCCUCAAAAGACUAAAUGUGGUCCUUUAAGCGAUGAAGACCGAAUAUUUACCAACUUAUAUGGUAAACAUGAUUGGGGCCUUAAGGGUGCUAUUAAAAGGGGUGAUUGGUACAAAACAAAAGAGAUUCUUGCCAAAGGACAUGAUUGGAUCAUUGAUGAAAUAAAAAAAUCAGGUUUACGAGGACGUGGAGGAGCUGGUUUUCCAUCAGGAAUAAAAUGGAGCUUUAUGAAUAAACCAUCCGAUGGUAGGCCCAAGUAUUUAGUUGUUAAUGCCGAUGAAGGAGAACCUGGCACUUGCAAGGACAGGGAAAUAAUGAGACAUGAUCCUCACAAGCUAGUUGAAGGAUGUCUCAUUGCUGGUAAGGCUAUGGGUGCCUGUGCCGCUUUUAUUUACAUCCGUGGAGAGUUUUACAAUGAAGCAUCGACCUUGAACAUUGCUAUCAAGGAAGCUUACAAGGCAGGACUUAUUGGCAAAAAUGCUUGUGGUUCUGGAUAUGAUUUCGAUAUUUAUAUUCACAAAGGAGCUGGAGCUUACAUUUGUGGGGAAGAAACAGCUCUUAUUGAGUCUAUCGAAGGAAAACAAGGGAAACCACGACUGAAGCCUCCUUUCCCAGCUGAUGUUGGUGUAUUUGGAUGUCCAACAACAGUUACAAACGUUGAAACAGUUGCUGUUGCUCCAACAAUCUGUCGAAGAGGAGGUGACUGGUUCGCUUCUUUGGGAAGACCUCGCAAUACAGGAACUAAGUUGUUCAAUAUCUCUGGCCAUGUUAAUACCCCGUGCACCGUUGAGGAGGAAAUGUCAAUUCCUUUAAAAGAACUUAUUGAACGUCAUGCUGGUGGUGUGAUUGGUGGCUGGGAUAAUUUAUUGGGAGUCAUUCCAGGUGGUUCAUCAACACCUAUUAUACCAAUAAAAGUUUGCGAGGAAGUACUAAUGGACUUCGACUCACUUGUGGCAGCUCAAACUGGUCUUGGAACUGCUGCAGUUAUUGUUAUGAAUAAACAAACAGAUAUCAUCCGCGCUAUUGCUAGAUUAAUAGAAUUUUAUAAACAUGAAAGUUGUGGUCAGUGUACACCAUGUCGUGAGGGUGUAGGCUGGAUGAACAAAAUUAUGUGGAGAUUCGUCGAGGGAAACGCUAAACCCCAAGAAAUUGACAUUUUAUAUGAAUUGAGUAAGCAAAUUGAAGGACAUACAAUCUGCGCUUUAGGAGACGGAGCUGCAUGGCCAGUUCAGGGUCUUAUUAGACACUUCAGACCAGAGAUUGAGUCAAGAAUGGCUGAAUUCAAGAAACUUAAUGAGAAGAGAGCAGCACAAAUCCCUGGUUAAAUUGAAUUAUUCUAAUGCAAAUUAAUAAACUAAAUUAGAGAUCGUAUAACGACUACACACUUCAGAUGUAAAUGAUCGAAAAAUUAUAUUGAAAGAUGACUUAUCUUUUAAUGUUUCCUGUAAAAUAAAUAUCUUAAUUAUAAUUCGAA